GAUCUGAUACAAGAUCAGAGGCAGGUUUAACGAACUUGAAGUCUAAAGGAUUCUUGAUACAUCCAAAUUAUACAGUUUUCACAUUAGUUUCAGCAAUUGAAGAAGAGUUCAUACAAUACUGUGACGUUCCUGAAGUGUUUGAUAAGACUAUACAAUUUUUAUUAACACUAUUCCUACCAGGACCGGUCAGAUGA